CGUGUGUUGAGUGGAGCGAAUUAUAUCCGUCGGAAGCAGGUCGUGCUCGUGUGUGGAAAAUCUCGUAUGCAAAAAGUGGAAAAUUCUGUGCAGCGAACGCUGAAAUUUUUACAAAAAUCUAGCACAACGCAGCCUAAAUCGUGAAGUGUGUGAAGUCCAUGAAAAUUAGCUGCACGGUGCAAGGAAAUUGCUAUUUCAGUGACUGUUCGCGGAACGAAAAGUCGAUAAUCUGCUUGCCCGUGUCGUCGCCGUUUUCGUCGUCGUUGCGGGUCGAGUUCGAGUGCCGAUUGCUGUGUGACACUGACGUGACUCGGUUUGACAAGGUGUGCACUUCGGAGUAUUGGUCCGUGAAGAGUGAAGAAAACUUUGGAAACGAUUUCGUAACUUCUAAAUUCGGUGGAAUUCAAGCAUAGCCCUUUGAACAGGACGCGGAAAAGGCAGAGACAGCGCAGCUGAGAAUGCAGGGACAGCAGCAAGUUGUAGCGCAGCCGGGACAACCGCAGCCACCGCAGCCGCAACAGCAGCAACUCGUACAGCAGGGAAACGUCGUCGUCAAGAUGAACGACGUCCAGGUGCAGCCAUUAUCUUCUGUCGGACUAUUGGAAUUGGCUCAUCGGGAGUACCAGGCUGUGGACUAUGAAAAUGCCGAGCGUCAUUGUAUGCAACUUUGGCGGCAAGAUAGCAGUAACACUGGAGUCCUUUUACUAUUGUCUUCCAUUCACUUUCAAUGUCGUCGUUUGGAAAAAUCAGCACAAUUCUCAACCUUAGCAAUCAAGCAAAAUCCUUUAUUGGCUGAAGCGUACAGCAACUUGGGCAAUGUAUACAAGGAGAAAGGACAACUGCAAGAAGCCCUUGAAAAUUAUAGGCAUGCCGUUCGUUUGAAGCCCGAUUUUAUUGACGGCUACAUCAACUUGGCUGCUGCUUUGGUGGCUGCCCGUGACAUGGAGCAAGCAGUGCAAGCUUAUGUAACCGCAUUGCAAUACAAUCCCGAUUUGUAUUGCGUUCGGAGUGAUUUAGGGAAUUUGUUGAAAGCUUUGGGUAGACUUGAAGAAGCUAAGGCGUGCUAUUUGAAAGCUAUAGAAACAUGUCCAGGGUUUGCAGUAGCAUGGAGUAACUUGGGAUGUGUAUUUAAUGCACAAGGUGAGAUUUGGCUUGCCAUACACCAUUUCGAGAAAGCAGUGACAUUGGAUCCAAACUUUUUGGAUGCCUACAUCAAUUUGGGGAAUGUGCUGAAGGAAGCUAGGAUAUUUGAUAGAGCUGUUGCUGCUUACCUUCGUGCGCUGAAUUUGUCCCCGAACAAUGCGGUGGUUCAUGGAAAUUUGGCUUGUGUUUACUAUGAGCAAGGAUUGAUUGAUCUUGCAAUCGAUACAUAUCGGCGAGCAAUUGAACUACAACCAAAUUUCCCUGAUGCCUAUUGCAAUUUGGCAAAUGCACUCAAGGAGAAGGGUCAGGUUAAGGAAGCUGAAGAUUGCUACAACACCGCUCUUCGCCUCUGCCCAAAUCAUGCCGAUUCACUCAAUAAUUUGGCCAACAUCAAACGCGAACAAGGAUACAUUGAGGAGGCUACACGUCUGUAUCUCAAAGCUUUGGAAGUAUUUCCAGAAUUCGCUGCUGCUCAUUCCAAUUUGGCAUCAGUAUUGCAACAACAGGGAAAGCUCAAUGAAGCGCUCAUGCAUUACAAGGAGGCAAUUCGAAUCCAACCUACUUUCGCCGAUGCUUACUCGAAUAUGGGUAACACUCUGAAAGAGUUACAAGAUGUCGCUGGAGCACUACAAUGUUACACACGCGCAAUCCAAAUCAACCCCGCAUUCGCAGAUGCCCAUAGUAACCUCGCAAGUAUUCACAAGGAUUCAGGAAAUAUUCCAGAGGCAAUUCAGUCGUAUCGAACUGCUUUGAAAUUGAAACCAGACUUUCCUGAUGCGUAUUGCAAUUUGGCGCAUUGCUUACAAAUCGUUUGCGAUUGGACUGAUUAUGAGAUCGCAUGAAGAAACUCGGUUAGCAUCGUUGCUGAACAGUUGGAAAAGAAUCGUUUGCCAUCAGUGCAUCCACAUCAUUCCAUGUUGUAUCCUCUAACACAUGAAUAUCGUAAAGCUAUUGCUGCACGGCAUGCAAAUCUGUGCCUUGAGAAAGUUCAUGUGCUUCAUAAGCCACCAUUCAAAUUUUGUCGGGAAUUCACUGGACGUCUCAGAAUUGGUUAUGUGAGUAGCGAUUUUGGAAAUCAUCCAACUUCACAUUUGAUGCAGUCAGUUCCUGGGCUCCAUGAUCGUUCUCGCGUAGAAAUUUUCUGCUAUGCUCUCAGCCCUGACGAUGGAACUACAUUCAGGGCAAAGAUUGCACGCGAAUCCGAACAUUUCAUUGAUUUGUCUUCAGUGGCUUGCAAUGGAAAAGCAGCUGAUAGAAUACAUGCGGAUGGAGUGCAUGUGUUGGUUAACAUGAAUGGCUAUACAAAAGGGGCUAGAAAUGAAAUAUUUGCUCUCAGACCGGCGCCAGUUCAGGUCAUGUGGCUUGGCUAUCCUGGCACAAGUGGUGCUAGUUUCAUGGACUACAUAAUAACUGAUGCCGUAACAAGCCCUAUGGAAUUGCAACAUCAAUACAGCGAGAAAUUAGCAUAUAUGCCAUACACAUACUUCAUUGGUGAUCACAAACAGAUGUUCCCCCAUUUAAAGGAGCGCCUAAUUGUUAGCGACAAGACACAUGGUGGCAAUGUAGUAGCUGAUAACGUUGCUGUCAUAAAUGCAACAGAUUUAUCUCCUCUUGUCGAAAGCACAGACGUCAAGGAAAUCCGCGAAGUGGUUAUUGCCGCCAAACCAGUAGAGAUUUCAUUGAAAGUUGCAGAACUUCCAACUACAACACAAAUCGAAACAAUGAUUGCUUCAGGUCAAGUUCAGACGUCAGUUAACGGGGUCGUAGUGCAAAAUGGAUUAGCUACAACCCAAACUAACAAUAAGGCAGCAACUGGCGAAGAAGUUCCACAGAAUAUUGUAAUCACAACACGACAACAAUACUUCUUACCGGAUGACGCCAUUGUUUACUGUAAUUUCAAUCAAUUGUAUAAAAUUGACCCACUUACGUUACAGUCGUGGGUUUACAUUUUAAAACAUGUGCCGAAUUCCGUGCUUUGGCUGCUAAGAUUUCCAGCAGUUGGGGAGCAAAAUAUCAAGAAAACAGCUGAAGAUUUGGGCAUAUCGGGCAACCGCAUUAUAUUUUCAAAUGUUGCGGCUAAGGAAGAACACGUGCGUAGAGGACAACUUGCAGAUGUCUGCUUAGAUACACCACUGUGCAAUGGUCACACAACAUCUAUGGAUGUUUUAUGGACAGGGACACCAGUAGUGACAUUGCCCGGUGAAACGUUGGCCUCAAGAGUCGCGGCAUCACAGUUGGCCACACUCGGCUGCCCUGAACUCAUUGCUCGAACGCGUCAAGAGUACCAAGAGAUAGCUAUCAAGUUGGGCACAGAUCGUGAAUUGAAAGCCAUGCGUGCCAAGGUGUGGAAAGCGCGAGUUGAAAGCCCGCUGUUCGAUUGCCAGCAAUAUGCGCAAGGUCUAGAGAAGCUGUUUUCAAAAAUGUGGGAGCGAUUUUCACGGGGCGAGCAACCUGAUCAUGUAUCAGCGAAUGAUAAAUAAUUUAGUUAUUUGUACUCACUACUUUUGACAAGUUUAAUUAUAAUUGUUAUUUUAGUUAUAUUAUUUCGAUCUAGCUUUGAUGCAAGCGUCGUAUACUUUCUAUGUGUAUUUUUUAAAUGGUAGAAAUAUUUGUUGGUCAAAUUGAUUUAAAUUAGUGAGACUAUUCAACUAUGAUAUGUCCUCCUUUUGCGAAUGUGGAAUAAGUUCAGUUUUAGGUAUAUUCCCCUUCAUCUUUCCGUUUGACACCGCUGAAAUUUGAAUUAUAUUCGUACGGAAUCCAAUAAGUGAUAUUAUGAUUAUUGUUGUCCAGAUAGGAGUUGAAGAAGUAAUUGGAACGCAAAAGUGAAGCAAAUAUUUAGAAAGUGGAAUGCAUGUCGUGAUGAGUUUUGUCAUUAUUCCAUCGCAUUGAUUUUAUAUUUUAGACAGGAUUAAGCUUAGGUUGUGCAUAUCAAGAGGUCGCGCAUUCGAAUGUUUGCACCCCCUCUACAUUUUUUUCCUUCAUCGUAUGUUAAUUCUAAUUCAAAUAACGAACAGAAAAUUUCAUCGAACAAGGUUGUGCAAGUAAUGCGCACCUCCUGAUAGUGAAAAUGUCCGAGAACGAAUCGCAGUCGCAACAUGUCUUUAAAACUCUUGAUUUUAUAUUUUACGCCAUUCGGGGUUUUUCUUCUUGUUUCCUUUUCAAAUUCACUUUAGAAGCUUUGUAAAUAUACUUCACUUCCGAAAAUGAAUUCGAGAAAGGAUCGGAAGUGGAACGGAGCAAUAAAAACGAGCGCGCGUAAGGCGCGUUCGUUUGACAUAUACCUAUGCGUAAAUAGACUGAAUGAAACUUGGAUGAAUUACACAUAAAAAGUAUUUUUUUCGAAGAGAAUAUCGAACUUUUUAUUUCAGUUUAAAACUCGAUAGAUCGAAUAACUGCGUUACAUAAACAAUUAAUUAUCAUAUUUUUGAGGAAAUAAAUUCCAAUGACUUGGAUAGUAGAACCGUUCAAAACUUUAAAGAGGAAUGAUUCGUUAGAGAAGACAAUUCAAUAUUUUUUCUAGAAUUAUUAAAUAUUUACAGAGUAAACAGGAAGGAAGUAGUCAUACCGAAAUGAUGGAAAUAUUAUUACGAGGGUAAUUAUAAAAAUUUAAAUAUAACACACAAUAGGCAUGUAAAAUAGUUUUUAUUUCUUGCUUAUUGCAUUAUAAUAUCUGCUCUAAUGGGAUGUAAUCGAAGAGAAUAAUAAAAAUGAAAAUUGUAUAUGUUUGUCGAAAA